UCGAACACGAAGGUGUUUCUCUGUCUGAGCUAUUCGCCUGAAUUUCAAAGUCUACAACACACAGCAAAUCGAAUCCAACGCGCUACCCCUGCGGCCUGCGAGUCUUCAAAGACGACGACUCUUUCAAACAAUUCCAUUUUGAAUUCCUCCUCUCCGGUUCGAUUAUGCGAGAUUCAGGAUUCUGAGCGAUCAACGAAACUAUUUAUUUGAAUAUUCCUCUAUUUCUAUCAAAAUUCGAAAGAUGGGAUGCUGUAACAGCAAAGGCGGGGAGUCGACUGCCAAUAGGAUCGCUAGAUGGCGGUCGACGGGCAUUGUCGCUCUAAGAGAUUCCAAAUUGAAGAUAGUACCAAAUGAAAUUUUUGACUUGGAGAAAUCUGUACGUACUCUUGAUGUAACACACAAUAAAAUAGUUGACAUUCCUGUGGCGAUCUUCAAAUUAACCAACAUGCAGCGCUUGAUAUUAGCAGAUAAUCUUAUUGAACGACUUCCAGAGAACCUGGGGAAACUCCAGUACCUAAAAUUUCUCAUUAUUGAUGAGAAUCGAAUUACCACAUUGCCUGAUGAGUUAGGGUUGCUGGUGAGGCUUGAGCAAUUAUCUGUCUCUGGGAAUUUGCUAACUUGCUUGCCUGAAACCAUAGGUAGCUUGCGCAAUUUAUUGUUAUUAAAUGUGUCAAAUAACAAGUUAAAGUCCCUACCAGAAUCAAUUGGGAGUUGCUUCUCUUUAGAAGAAUUACAAGCCAAUGGCAAUUUAAUUGAUGAUCUUCCGUCAUCAAUUUGCAAUCUCGUAUACUUAAAGUCCCUCUGCUUAGACAACAAUAAUGUGUAUCAGAUACCUCACAAUUUAUUGAAGGAUUGCAAAGCUUUGCAGAAUAUCUCUCUACAUGAUAAUCCCAUUUCAAUGGACCAGUUCCAACAGAUGGAAGGUUUCCGGGAGUUUGAAGCACGGAGAAAAAAGAAGUUUGAUAAGCAGAUUGAUUCAAAUGUGAUGAUCAGUUCAAAGGGCCUUGAUGAGGGUGUUGAUUUGUGAAAGAAAUGCUCUAAUAUUCUCUGAAGGUGAUGGAUAAGGCUGUUUGAACGUGAGGCAUGAUGUUGGUCCUUUGGCAGCUUUUCUCAGGCUUCCCUAUCAGGGGACUAGCUGCAUUAUUCAGAUUCCAUGUGUUUUUAUUUUUUUAUUUUUAGUCUGAUUAGAACGACUUUAUUCACACAGUUGUCAAUGUAAAUGGUUGUUAUUUGAUUUGCCUGUUGUUCACAGGUAUGUAUAUGAGAAAUGGCAUGAAUCUCCCGGAGUGCAUCCUUCACACUUCAGAAAAAUGCAAUUUUAGGCUGUUGGGUUGUAUCUAUAAACAUAACAUUUUUUUGUAAAGCAAAUAAUUUAAGUGAUAACUGCUUCAUUUUUUGC